AUGUUUAAAUUAUUUUUAAUAUCGGUAAUUCUAAUAUCAAGCCUGUCUUUGUCUUUUUCAACAAAUAAUUCUAGUGGUGAAGAAAUAAGAGAUUUAUUUGAACUAAAAUUGAGUAGAAAAGACCCAGAUGUGGUUAAAUUCGUAGAAGACGGCUGGGAAAAAUUAGUCGCAGAAGAAAGAACCAGAGGAGCGAAAAUCAGAGGUGAUUUUUAUGUCAGGUGCGCAAGAGUCCAAAUUGCAGAGACUAAAACAAGAUACACAAUUCUUGUUAUAUAUGACACCGAUUUGCCCAGAAGUACGUUAAAUUGUCUAAUAUUUGUUAUGCCGAGUCAAACAAAGCCUUUGAGUAUAAGUUGUUAUAUAGGAAGUUUCACAGACAUUUGCGAUCCGGCAGAAAUCGAGCAAUUUAAUAUGUACAACCUCUUCUACAACAACGAGCUGUUCUGUCCUGGAGGAUAA